UUAGUGUAGUCAGCGCGCAGAAAAAGAGAGUGAUGUAAAAAGAGGAAGAGCCGCUCUUUCAAGAGAGGCUGCAGCCUUGAAGCAGAGAGUCUGAAGGAGCUCAGCUAAGGAGCAAGACACCCGCAGCGCCAUGCCAAGCUACACCGUCACCGUGGCCACUGGGAGCCAGUGGUUUGCCGGGACUGACGACUAUGUGUACAUCACACUGGUGGGCACGGACAAAGAAAGCGAGAAGACCCUACUGGACAAACCACUGUAUGAUGACUUUGAACGAGGGGCGGUGGACUCGUACGAAGUGAACGUGAGCGAGAACCUUGGGGAUAUUGAGCUGGUGAAGAUUGAGAAGCGGAAAUACUGGAUGCAGGAUGACUGGUACUGCAGGUACAUCACAGUGAAGACCCCUGAGGGCAACUAUGUGGAGUUCCCCUGCUACCGAUGGGUGACGGAUGAAAAAGAGAUCAUUCUGCGUGACGGCCGUGCCCACCUGCCUCAGGAAGACAAGACCCGAUUGGCCAAGCAGCACCGACGCAAAGAACUGGAAUUCCGGCAGAAGGUGUACAGAUGGAAGGAAUGGCAUCCUGGAUUCCCAAUGAGCAUCGACGCCAACACACACAAGGAGCUGCCGCGCGACAUACAGUUUGACAGCGAGAAGGGAGUGGACUUCAUCCUGAACUACAGCAAGGCGAUCGAGAAUCUCUACGUCAAUCGCUUCAUGCACAUGUUCCAGUCGUCGUGGAAUGACUUCGCAGACUUUGAGCGCAUCUUCGUGAGAAUCAGCAACACCAUUUCAGAGUAUGUGAUGCACCACUGGCAGGAAGACUUCAUGUUCGGCUAUCAGUACCUGAAUGGCUGCAACCCGGUCAUGAUUCAGAAGUGCACCCAGCUUCCAGACAAGUUCCCGGUCACCAAUGCCAUGGUGGAGGAGUGCUUGGAGCGGGACCUCACUCUGGAGGAGGAGCUGAAGGCAGGUAACAUAUACAUCGCAGACUACGAAAUGAUGGAGGGAGUCUCGGCAAACGCUACAGACCCCUGCACCCUACAGUACCUGGCCGCGCCCAUCUGCCUGCUUUACAAGAACAUGCAGAACAAGGUCCUCCCCAUCGCCAUUCAGCUGGGCCAGACCCCUGGAGAGGAUAACCCCAUCUUCCUCCCCACCGAUGAGAAGUAUGACUGGCUGUUAGCCAAGAUCUGGGUGCGCUCGUCCGACUUCCACGUGCACCAGACGGUGACACACCUGCUACGCACGCACCUGAUCUCGGAGGUGUUCGGCAUCGCCAUGUUUCGCCAACUCCCUGCCGUGCACCCCGUCUUCAAGCUGCUUAUCCCCCACAUCCGCUUCACGAUCGCUAUCAACACUAAAGCCAGAGAACAGCUCAUCUGUGAAUGUGGCCUCUUCGACAAGGCUAAUGGCACCGGUGGUGGCGGCCAUGUGCAGCUGGUGCAGAAGGCAAUGAAGUCCUUCACAUACAAAUCCCUCUGCUUCCCUGAGAUCAUCAAAUCUCGCGGACUGGACAGUCAGGAGGAGCUGCCGUAUUACUUUUAUCGAGAUGAUGGCCUUAAAGUUUGGGAGGCAGUUAAAAGCUUUGUGUCGGACAUAGUGGACAUCUACUACAGUAACGACCAGGCCGUGCAGGGUGACGAGGAGAUCCAGGCAUUCGUGAAGGACGUGUGCAGCUUCGGCAUGCAGGACCAAGACUGCUGCGAGUUCCCCAAGUCCCUGCAGACCAAGGAGCAGCUGGUGGAGUACCUCACCGUGGUGAUCUUCACCGCCUCUGCCCAGCAUGCCAGCAUCAACUUUGGCCAGUACGACUGGUGCUCCUGGAUCCCAAACUCGCCACCCACAAUGCGGAAGCCCCCGCCAACAAACAAGGGGGAGGUCACACUGAAGUUCAUCAUUGAAAGUCUCCCUGACCGCGGCCGUUCCUGCUGGCACCUGGGUGCAGUGUGGGCGCUCAGCCAGUUCCAGGAAAAUGAGCUCUUUCUGGGAAUGUACCCUGAUGAACACUUCAUUGAGAAGCAACCCAAGGCGGCCAUGGAGAAGUUCCGUACAAAGCUGAACGAAAUUUCCUGCCUCGUUAAGAGCCGGAACGAAGGAAAGAAGCUGCCGUACUAUUACCUGUCCCCGGACCGCAUCCCCAACAGUGUAGCUGUCUAGCCGGGUAUCACCUGCCAUAGAUAAAUGUGUCAGAGUCAGGAUUAGUGGCAGACUGUAAUCAGAGUAUUACCAUGUGUGUAUGUAUAUGUGUGUCCCAAGGCAAGUUCGCAUUUUACAAAUUAAGCUUAAUAUCAGCUACAGCUACAUUUUUUAUAGAUUUUUAUAGAAAGGAUAUUGUGAAACGCAGCUGCAAGAUCACAGAAAGUGUAACAGUAAAUAAUGGUUCACUAAGGAA